GGCCCCAGCAGGACACAGGAAACAGGAUCCCUCACCGAGAGGCUGUUACAGUGGGAUCGGGGCCCACCCACCUUUGAGUCUUGGCUCCUCUCUUUAUGUUUUCGAGAUCUCUGGCCAGUCAAGACACUGCUAGUCUAAGCCUCGUGUUCCCCAUGUGAGAAGAGGAUACUAAUAGCCACCCGGAGGGGCCACUCAGAAGACUGCCCGUAAAGGAUGUAAAGUGUCUGCUGAGAAGUGGAUACUUAAUAAGUGGGAGUGAUUGUUCCAGAUUAUCUUUUAUUUGUUGUCACUCACACAGCAACUCUGCCCAGCCCUGUCUGGGGAAGCUGGCAACUGGGGCAGGGGCCGGGAACACAGGACCUUGCCUGGGCAGCUGCCCUCGGCCCCGGCCCCGCCGGGUCAGCCUCUCAGUGGGCCCUGGCCCUAGAAGGCCUUCAGAGGCUGGGGACGCUGUUGCUAGGCACCAGUUGCUAGGCGACACACUGUUUCUCCUGGCCUGGCCACCUCCCAGAGGGCCUGGGCUGCUCUGGAGCAGCUGCCUCCUGCAGCCUCUCUCGCCAGACCUCAGAGCCACAGCAGAGGGCAGGCGACCCCCGGGCCCUGCCCCACGGCAUCAUGAUGGGGAAACUCCCCUUGGGGGUUGUCUCCCCUUAUGUGAAGAUGAGUUCGGGGGGCUGCACGGAUCCCCUGAAAUUCUAUGCCACCAGCUACUGUACAGCCUAUGGUCGGGAGGAGUUCAAGCCCCGCGUGGGCAGUCACGAAGGCACAGGCUACAGAUCCAGUUACCGGCCUGUGGUCUCCUACCAUGCCAAUCUCGAUGCCCUGGACAACCCAGCCAUGGGGGAACAGGUCGGCCACAAUUUCCAGUCGGUGACCAAUCAGAGUUACCGCCCCUUGGAGGUGCCUGAUGGCAAAUACCCACUGCCCUGGAACAUGCACCAAACCAACUCUGGCUACUCUCGGGAAAAGCCCAGCACCACGACCCCUACUAAAGAGGUCAGGAAGGUCCAUUUUGAUACCCAGGACUAUGGGGCACAGGCCAUCACAGGGCUGGAGCCCAAGGACAUGCCCCUGCUCCACCAGCAGCAGGGCAAGGGCUCGCUGGAGUGGGAGAACGCUGGACAUGGCCCGCGAUUCAUGACCUCUGAGUAUAACUCCAAGUAUCUCAAGGAGCCUCCCAACCAGCCAGAUCUCUUGCAGAAGAAAUCAAUUGGCGCCAAGGAAGAGACUGGCUUCACUGAAGAGUCCCCCAAGAACCCCAUUGUCUUCCAGCCGCCCUCCCAGACCCUCCCUGGGGACCCAGUCCUCCUACCUGGCAGGAGUGUCACCAGGUCCGACUUUCUCCCCAUGACCCACCCUCAUGGGGACGAGUUCCUGCCUGUGUUGGCCAGAGGAUCCGAGCGGGAGACGGGCUACAGCCGAGUGAAUGAGAGGAUGCUGAACCUCAGGGUGUUGCCUUCAGGCCCAGAACCUAGCAGCAUGAGCCACCGGCAGUUCCAGCCCCCACAGCGGGUACAACAGACAAACAUUGCCCUGCUGGGCCGGGAGACCGUGGGGAACAAGGAGCCCACGGGGUACAGCCUUAACAACCCCAGCUACGUCCGGAGCCCCUAUGACCCCGACAUGGACAAUCGGUACCUGAGCACCUACAACCAAGGGUACUUUGAGAAUAUCCCCAAGGGUCUGGACCGAGAAGGCUGGACUCGAGGUGGCAUCCAGCCGCAGAAGCCUGGAGGCUAUGCCCUCAACCAGCCAGUCACCCGCACGGAGCCCACUCCCAACCGCAUGGAGAGCCUUCGGCGCCUGCACCCCCACGUGGGCAGACCCCUGACCUCUGCAGACCCCUUCUACCGAGCUGAGUCCUCAUAGCAGCCGCUUCACAACACCAAACUGAACCCGAGGCUGGGUUUGCUAACCCAACAGACAGGAGCCAACUACUGUCCCAUCCCCAUCCUGCCCUGCUGGGACUCCCCUGGCUACUUUCCUAGUGAAAUAAAGAGCCAUGAAGUGGA